AAAUUGCUGGCGCCAGUCAUAUCCUUUGCGUUGACAGAAUAGUCGCGUGAGUCACGUUGAAACCACACCUACGAGUCGCGAUGAAGAAGUGCAUUGUCCUCGUCUCAAGACAGAGCUUCUCUGCGGAACACAAGAGCAACAGCGCGUCGCUGGAGGCAAUCUUUAACGCCAAGAAGAUCAAGCGCGAAGAAGUCGAUGGAUCGGCCGAGGAAAACACACAACUGCGCAACGACCUCUUCUCCAUCAGCGGGAUCCGCGGCACGUACCCGCAAGUGUUCUUCCAGGUCGAAGGGUCGAACACCCCUCAAUUCGUCGGACUUUUUGACGCGAUCCAAGAAAUGAACGAAAUGAACGACUUGCCAGCCGAUUUUAUCCGACAGAACAACGUCGCGACCUUUGACUCUGUCUUUGCCGAUGUCGAGCGAGUCUAAGUGUCGUCAUCGAUACACAUCCAUCAUGACUCAGCACUGCCUUCCUUGCAGCGGCGGCGGCGACCCUACAGUAGAUUCAUCACCCUUAGUAACCCCGCAUAACUAUUAUGUAUUCGACAUCGAUGUCGUCGACUGUGCGAUGGCUCUGGCACGUGGCCUUCUUCACGUCGCGACUCUUGUGAAGUCUACAUCAAGAGAAUAGCCAUCCAUCAUGUCCAUGCAACUUCUACCUCAU